GCAAAAAAAUAAAGGCAGCGCUGCGAGCAGCCAGAUCUGCAACAGAUAAACACAAACACACACACACACACACACACACACUCAUACUCAUACACUCUCUCCCACACACACACAGCUGACCGAGAGAGAGAGCAGAAAAGGGGAUCUGCGGGAAAAGACAGGAUGAAAUGGAGAUGUAAUAGCGGGUGUUCUUCAGGGUUUUUUUAUUCUGUGUGUUUCUGUAUGAUCUGAAUGUGAUUCUGAAGGAGAGGAGAGGAGAGGAGAGGAGAGGAGGACCAGGGACUGCGGCUCCAUCUCCCUCCAUCUUUCACCAAGUGAGUGUGUGUGCAGGGGCAGUAGGAGAAGGAGGAGGAUGAGGGGAGGGAGGAGGUGAUGGAGAAGGUGUUUGGAAAGCAGCAGAAUCUGAAGAGUUCUAGCUCCCCCUGAGCAGAGCGUUCUGUGGCUGUGGGUUGUGUUGUGAAAUGGAUGGGAACAGUCUAACCCUGUCAGAUCUGCCUCUGUAAAUGUCGGAUCCAAUGAGGAGCGUUCAGGUUAAUGCUGGUGAAGUUAUGAGCACGCCCGAGACUCGCCUUUAACAUGGCUGGCUGUUUUCCUCAGGACAUCAAAGGCCAGUGCUGGACGGAUGAGGAAUCAGACGGGGAGAAUGAGCCGGAGCAGUUCAUGUAUGGAAUUCAGGGAAGCUGUGCAGCUGAUCUGUACCGGCACCCGCAGCUGGAUGCAGAUAUUGAGGCUGUGAAAGACAUUUACACAGAGAGUGCUGUGUCCAUCAGGGAGUAUGGAACAAUUGAUGAUGUGGAUAUUGACCUUCAUAUCAAUAUCAGUUUCUUGGAUGAGGAAGUGGCCACAGCUUGGAAGGUCAUUCGAACAGAACCAAUCAUCCUCCGACUUCGCUUCUCACUCUCACAGUACUUGGAUGGGCCAGAACCCUCAGUGGACGUGUUUCAGCCCUCCAAUAAGGAUGGAUUCAGUCUUGGGCUUCAGCUAAAAAAGAUCCUGAGCACGUUCACCUCCCAGCAGUGGAAACAUCUGAGCAAUGAGUUCCUUAAAGCCCAGCAGGAGAAGAGGCACAGCUGGUUCAAGGCUGGAGGGACCAUUAAGAAGUUCCGUGCAGGACUCAGCAUCUUCUCCCCCAUUCCUAAGUCCCCCAGUUUUCCACUGAUCCAGGACACUGUGCUAAAGGGCAAACUGAGUGUUCCUGAGCUGAGGGUCAGCAGGCUGAUGAACCGCUCCAUCUCCUGUACCAUGAAGAACCCCAAGGGGGAGCUGUUUAGCUAUCCCCCCAACAGCCAGACUGUGGCAGUCCCGGCGGGCAGGGCCCCUGCGCAGAUUACCACGCGGCAGCUGAUUGAAUUGUUUUUCUCAUCCCAGGCGGGCGGACACUGCAAGAACAUCCCCACUCUGGAGUACGGUUUCUUAGUGCAGAUAAUGAAAUAUUCGGAGCAGCGCAUCCCCACACUGAAUGAGUACUGUGUGGUGUGUGAUGAACAGCACGUCUUUCAGAAUGGAUCCAUGUUAAAGCCUGCGGUCUGCACUAGAGAAUUGUGUGUGUUCUCUUUCUACACCCUGGGCGUGAUGUCCGGCGCAGCAGAGGAGGUGGCCACUGGUGCUGAGGUGGUGGAUCUGCUGGUUGCUAUGUGCAGAGCUGCUCUGGAGUCUCCUCGGAAAAGCAUCAUCUUUGAGCCCUAUCCGUCUGUCGUUGACCCCAAUGACCCCAAAACUCUUGCUUUCAACCCUAAGAAGAAGAAUUAUGAGAGGCUGCAGAAGGCUCUGGACAGUGUGAUGUCUAUACGUGAGAUGACCCAGGGUUCAUAUCUGGAGAUAAAGAAGCAGAUGGAUAAACUGGACCCUUUAGCUCACCCUCUGCUGCAGUGGAUAAUAUCCAGUAACAGAUCUCAUAUCGUCAAACUGCCGCUGAGUAGGCAGCUGAAGUUCAUGCACACAUCCCAUCAGUUCCUGCUCCUCAGCAGCCCCCCUGCUAAAGAAGCCCGUUUCCGCACAGCCAAGAAGCUCUACGGCAGCACCUUCGCAUUCCAUGGUUCCCAUAUAGAGAACUGGCACUCUGUUCUGAGAAAUGGACUAGUCAAUGCCUCUUAUACCAAACUGCAGCUGCAUGGGGCAGCCUAUGGAAAGGGCAUCUAUCUCAGCCCUAUCUCCAGCAUAUCCUUCGGAUACUCAGGGAUGGGUAAAGGACAGCAUCGGAUGCCAACUAAAGAUGAACUGGUGCAGCGCUACAACCGUAUGAACACAAUUCCACAGAGCCGCCCCAUACAGUCCCGCUUUCUGCAGAGUCGGAAUCUGAACUGUAUUGCACUGUGUGAAGUGAUCACAUCAAAGGACCUCCAAAAACAUGGAAACAUCUGGGUGUGUCCUGUAUCUGACCACGUGUGCACACGCUUCUUCUUUGUAUAUGAGGAUGGUCAGGUGGGAGAUGCUAACAUCAACACCCAGGAACCCAAGGUGCAGAAGGAGAUCAUGCGUGUGAUUGGCACCCAGAUUUACUCCAGCUGAGAGGGGUCUGUUGGGGGAGGAGGGGCGUCUCCAGGGGCUUUAGAAGAGCAUCCCAGCCCUCGUUGAAGAAACGGCCAAAACCUCUCAGCUUCAGCACCACUUAAACACGAGGGAAUAGCUGAAAGAGCUGAGUGUCCGUCCCUCCUCUUCUUUAUUGCAGCAUUUCUCCCGUUUUUCUGUUUUUUUCUUCUCUGCUGUCGUGUACGCCGAGGUUCGGAUGGAUGCCCCCUCUUCCCCCGCCUCCUGCUGUGAGCUCUGCGGCCUGUUUGAGGCAGCUGGGCCUGCAGGAGCCUCGUCAUCGCCGUCAUCCUCCUCCUCGUCCUCCUCCUCCUCCUCGUCCUCCUCCUCCUCCUCCUCCUCGUCCUCUUCAGCAGGAAGUAAGAUAAAGAAGUAAUGGCAGAGCCAGCGUCACACCAAACUCUUUCAAGUAGUGCGACUACAAAGAGAAGUCGAGAGUGAUACGCUCCGUUAAACUGAGCCCACGGACUCCAAUCAACUGCUAAUGAGAGAGCGGAACCUCGAGUGACUCCGCCCACAGCUCCAGACUCCUCCCAAUCAGUGUCAUCCGUCCCCCCUGAAGGACUAUUCUCAGAGUAGGUGAAAUGCUUCACUGGAUACUCAGACCCGUCAGUUAUACUGUUCUGAACUUGCCUACAAGUGUGAGGUGCACUCUCUCUCUCUCUCUCUCUCUCUCGUUCUUUUUCUUCUUGAUAUCUUCAUCCCAGUAUUGCUUGCUCUUUCUUGCUACCGCUUCUUGGACUCCUCCGGUUCCUUCAAGCCAUCUGUGAAUGUUUCAAACAUCCAGGAGAAAAACAAGCAAACAAAAAUAAGUAAUCUAAAAACAUUUAUUGAGUUUGUUCCUCUCUGGAUAGUAAGUCAUGCACACCCCAUGUACUCUUUUUGUUUUGUUUGUAGGAACAUUAUCCUGUUGAUCUGUUUUCUUUCCUAUUCUUUGAGUAAUGACAUGUAUUAAUAUCCAAGAUGCAGUUAUCUCUCUGGUUGCUUUUGUUCAGCGUCUCCUCCCGGUGAAAUCAAUUUCCUUUCCUUUUGUCUCCGGUGUGCAAUAUGACAGAAAAACACACACACACACACACACACACACACACACAUAUAUACACAUACGCUCACUACAAAGAUGUUUACUGCAAUUUAUCAGCGUGAGCAUUGGAUUCCUGGGCUAAAAAAAAAGAGCGAACAAAAAGGCAUUAUAUUGUUCAUGUUCAUAGUUAUUUCUCCUAAUCACUGGAUUUUUUAAACUCGUGCUGUUCUGGGUGGGGAAGGCUCAGCGGGUAAUGCUGUAAGAAGGAGCACAGCGCUCUGCAGCUUGGUUUGGCAUUCCUUAAUAUCCGUGUUUAAAACCAUGCAGCCUACCUCUCCUCAGUUCAUGACUAGACAGUCUGUUCUCCUCCAGCUGUUCUGUAAAGAGACUAGAGUAGCACCCACAGCAUUGUGUUGCACUCCUUCAACCAGUGGAGUUCAUAUCAGACGUUAAACCUGAAUAAAGGCUGAUCUGCUGCAAACGCACCUUUACUCCGACCUGCCCGAGCAGCCCAGUGACCCACGCCACGCACCUGUGCGUCACAGCGGAACGGAAGAUGGACACUGGUGGAGAAGUGAGCAGAGUGAGUGUAUAGAGUGUGAGAUCUGCCGGAGACAGGUGAAGAGAUUGUUCAGGAUGAAUGUCGACCCUGUCUGUAGUUGUCUCUCUCUCGUGGUCUGUUGUCUUGGUUGUGCUUUUACCAGGCUGCCCCGCACAGUUCCUGCUCUUCUUCUGUCAGUGCUCUGUGUAAACUGAUGUUCUGAAAGCAGCACAGAAGAUCCAAUAAAGAGAGAUUUUGCACAAUUUUA